UGAGUCUCCAUCCAUCCAUUAAAACGGAGCUACCCAACCCCGUUCGAGCUCCACACAUCCAUCCUAUAUUUCACAUACAUACAUUAUACAUACAUACUGCUCCCGCCCAUCUUCCUUAAAAUCUCCGGCAAGAACAGAAAUUCUCACCAUUGUUCUUGAUUCUUGGUUCUUGAAUUUAUAACUAUGUUUUAUGUCUAAGGUUUUGCUGUAAUAAUCACCAUGGGUGCUUGUACCUCAAAACCUCCAAGACCCAAUCCUUAUUCCCCACAAGAAAUUCUUCCCCCACCGGAAACACCAAACGUCGCUGAAACCCAGAAAGAAAAUGAAGCUAAAAAAUCACCUUUUUUCCCAUUUUACUCUCCCAGUCCUGCUCGUUUUUUUCUGUCCAAGAAAUCACCUGCCCGUCAGUCUUCUGCUUCUAAGAGUGCGAAUUCUACUCCGGCGAGGUUGUUUAAACGACCUUUUCCUCCUCCUUCUCCGGCGAAGCAUAUUAAAGCUCUGCUUUUGAGACGGCAUGGUAGUGUUAAGCCUAAUGCUGCAGCUAUUCCGGAAGGAGAGGAAACUGAGGGGGCUAACUUGGAUAAGAGUUUUGGGUUUUCUAAGCAAUUUGCGAGUAAGUAUGAAAUUGGGGAGGAAGUGGGUAGAGGCCAUUUUGGGUAUACUUGUUCUGCUAUUGUCAAGAAAGGUGAACUUAAGGGUCAGAAAGUGGCUGUUAAGGUCAUUCCAAAAGCCAAGAUGACAACAGCUAUUUCCAUUGAGGAUGUCAGAAGGGAAGUUAAAAUUUUGCGCGCCUUAACAGGACAUAACAAUCUCAUACAAUUCCAUGAAGCAUUUGAAGAUCGGGAUAAUGUCUACAUAGUGAUGGAGUUAUGCCAAGGAGGAGAGCUCCUUGAUAGAAUUCUUGCACGGGGUGGGAAGUACUCAGAAGAGGAUGCAAAGGAUGUCAUGGUACAAAUAUUAAAUGUUGUUGCAUUCUGCCAUCUCCAGGGUGUUGUGCACCGUGAUCUUAAACCCGAGAAUUUUUUGUUUUUGUCGAAAGAUGAAUCCUCCCCGUUAAAAGCCAUAGAUUUUGGCUUAUCAGAUGUUGUCAGACCAGAUGAAAAGCUUAAUGACAUUGUUGGAAGUGCAUAUUACGUAGCACCAGAAGUUCUGCACAGAUCAUAUGGUAUAGAGGCUGAUGUGUGGAGUAUAGGUGUAAUAUCAUAUAUUCUUCUGUGUGGUAGUCGUCCUUUUUGGGCUCGCACAGAGUCUGGAAUCUUCAGGGCUGUUUUAAAGGCUGAUCCAACUUAUGAUGAAGCACCUUGGCCUACGUUAACUUCGGAGGCAAAAGAUUUUGUCAAGCGACUAUUGAAUAAAGAUCCUAGAAAAAGAAUGAGUGCUGCUCAAGCAUUAUGUCAUCCUUGGAUGCGUAAUCAUAGUGGUGCAAAACUACCGCUUGAUAUUCUUAUUUUUCGACUCAUGAAGGCAUAUAUGCGGUCAUCCUCUUUGCGUAAGGCUGCUUUAAGGGCGUUGUCGAAAACUUUGACAGCAGAUGAACUGUUCUAUCUAAAAGAACAAUUUGCAUUGAUGGAGCCAGACAAAAAUGGCAACAUAAAGCUAGAAAAUAUAAGAUCAGCACUAAUGAAAUAUGGAACAGAUGCUAUGAAGGAGUCUCGGAUUCCAGAUUUUCUUGCCUCGCUAAAUGCACUUCAAUAUAGAAAGAUGGAUUUUGAAGAAUUCUGCGCAGCCGCCUUGAGUGUUCAUCAGCUGGAGGCUCUUGAGCGCUGGGAGCAACAUGCUAGGUGUGCAUAUGAAAUCUUUGAUAAGGAUGGCAAUAGGGCUAUUGUUAUCGAAGAACUUGCAUCUGAACUUGGACUAGGUCCUUCAAUACCAGUUCAUGCUGUCCUCAAUGACUGGAUAAGGCAUACAGAUGGAAAGCUAAGUUUUCUUGGUUUUGUGAAAUUGUUGCAUGGUCCUUCCACCCGAGGACUUGCAAAGGUGCAGUAACAUUUAGACCGCUUUCAAGAAUGCCCGAAAUACCAGAGUCUAGACAUUGUGGCUGAGAUAAUCUUCAAGCAUUUGAACGUUACAGAUAUCAGCCACGUUGCACUGAAACGCCAAAAUUCCUACCUGCUCUGAAUUCAAUUUGCUGGAGUAUGUUUGAUUCACGGAUUUCACUCUCAGCACGCAUUUGGUUGCUUUUACUUCCACACACACCAUGUUGUGUAAAGAUUUCUGAUGUUGUGCGGGGUAAACAUUGGACUUGCAGUUGUUUGUUACCAAGGGGAAUGGUCCUGGUUGCAACUCCUGCCAACAAGAUGUAGUUACUAGUUUGCCACUUAAAUUGGGAUUGUGGUGUCAGUAUAGAUUAUAGGGGGCCUUGCUGGAAUUGAUUGAUUUAUAUUUAUUGUUCAAAUUCAAAUUUGAGUCCAGGCUAAAAAUUGCCUUGGAGUUGAUUUGUAGUAUCUUCUUUCCUAGCAGAUAAAGGUACUUACCUUCCUAUUUGGAAACCAAAUGACUAAAAUAAUACACAUUCCACAAUCAAUGGGAAUGAGUAAAUAUUGACAUGAUAUUUCACCUGCUCUGCUUCAACUGA